AUACGCACCAGAUGUCGCCACGUGAAUGGGACCGAGGUGUAUCGGAGUGAUAAUGGUGAUGUGGUGAUUAGGGAAUUGUUAAAUACGAUAACGAAAAUGUUUCCUUCAUGCCGUUUUAUUUUAUUGAUUAUGUUGGUUAAUGUGUACAUUUGUGAAGGAAUGAUAUCUGACAAAAGACUUUGUGGGGAUCCAACUUGUUCAGAUCCUGUUUCUUUAAGCAGGACAUUGCUUCGUUAUAUCAGCAAUGAUUCCCGGAUAUUGUCUUUCCCAAUGGAUACAGAAUGUGUAAUUUACAGCAAGUCUGCUGGUUCCAGACCAGAUUUAUGGGGAGCAGAGAUAAAUGGAGUAAGAGGUUAUGUACCUAAAAGCUUUGUGAGAGAAUACAAGAUACUUAAGAGUUCAUUGAAAUUUGUUGUGAAUACUGAAGAAGCAGAAGGUAUAAGACAUGGUUCAGUGGAAAAUGUGACAGAUAAAUCUCUCAGUGUAAGUAGUGUUGAGGUGAAUAGUCAUGCAGCAUCAAAUCUGGAAGCCACCUUGAAUGAUAUAGAGCAGUCAGGAUUAGAACCAGAUCCAGAAUCAGGAAUAUUGACAGAAACACCAUUGCUUGAUGAUUCUUCCAUGAUUAACUUACCCUUUGCAGAUGUAGGCCGUAAGUCAUUUUUUGGUAGUGGAGCUUCAGCUGAGCCAGUAGAAAGUGAGGUUAUUCAACAGCCUUUUGAGGUUGUAGAUGGUACUACACUGUAUUAUGAAACAGAUGGAAAACAGACAGACUCUGAUUUACAUCUCCUACAAGUACAACCAACAGUUACCACUUUAAACUCUCUGCCAAGCAUAGUUUCCAAACAGAAAUUAAAACUUGGUAAUGAGCCAGCCUCAGUUCCUCCUGCUGUGGUAAGUGAACCAUCUACAUCUGCAGAGCUUAAGGGUGCUGACAAUGCUGAGAAGGUUACGCAGGAAACCCGGCCUCUUGAAGUUAAUGUAGCAGAAAGUGUCCAUAAGACAGAAUAUGAAUCUGAUAAAAAGAAGGCUGAAUCAGUAUUUCUUGCAGAUAAGAUAGAAACAAAGUCUCUUACUGGUAAUGAGAUAGGAUCUGAUAUGCAACAUAAGCAUGAAGCACAGAAUAUAGAACACAAGUCCAUAGAUUCUGUAGACAAAAAUGAAAAGGGGCCAGAAGUUGUUGAAGAUAAGAGAGAGAUUAUCGAGGAACCUGUGAAGAAGGUGGAUGUUAAAACUGAGGAGAGAGAGAUAUAUGAUGAAGAGGAGGAUGAGGAAGAAGAGUAUGAUGAUGAUGAUGAUGAUGACGAUGAUGAUGAAGAGGAUGGAGAGACUGAAGAGGAAGUAAGUGAAGAGGUUACAGAAUUACCGAGUACUGAUGUUCAGAAAACUGUGGAAGAAGUGAAAUCUGUAAACAUUAUUGAUGCCUCUUCACAGCCAUCAGAUGUUGACACAUUGAAGCUUAAGGAUCAAGACACUACGCAUUUGUCACUUGAAAGUGAUGCCAAUAUAAAUGAGAUUUCAGUGGAUAACAGUAAGGGUGCUGGCCGUAAUUUACAGGAGAGUGUAAAGGACGUAUUACUUCUCACUGAGUUGUCAGAACACCUUACAGACAUGUUUGAAACUUCCAAAGAAGUUGCGACAGAUAAGCCACCUGUACUUGCACAUUCAACACCAUUACCAGCUUCAGAAAGUCAGAAUGUGUAUGUUAAUGCUGAUCAGACUGAAAGUAGUGUUGGAAGUGCUGAGGAAUUGGAACAUAAACAAAUAGGAGAAGUACACGAGAAUGAUACAGAGACAGAAGGAAGUGGCCAUGAUAAAGAGGUAGACACAAAUCAAGGGAAUGUUGAUACAGAUGAUCAGUUGUCUAGUGAUCGUAACGAGGAAGGCAAAGAGGUGAUUGUUGGUAGUGGUGAAAUAAUAAACUCAGUUGUUGGUAGUCCAGAAGAUAUUUCUGAAAAUCUGGAAACACAAAAUGUAAAUGUACACCCAGAUCUUGUGACUGAUAAAGUUACAGAUUAUAGUUCAGAGACAUCAUCUGAGGUAAAAGAUGACAUUCAAUCUAACGUGUUAGAGGAACCUCACAUUGAUUCCACAGAGGAAGAAAUGGAAACAACAACUGCAACUUCUUCUGAGGAACAGUAUGAUGAAGUUCCACUAUAUGAACCUUCUACAGAAGAAACUACCACAGCUGCAUCUGCUUUCAUUUCAGAGGAACAGUUACUGCCUGUGGAAGGCACUGAAGAAGGAGAAAUUAUCAAACCUUCUGGAGGAUUAUUCCCUGACAUAACAGACACUCUGUCAGCUGGUAUUGGAGUACUGACAUCCAUGUUUGGAGGUUCAUCCUCUGAUUCACACAUUCCUGAAGUGCCAGGAGAGGUAAAUGAAAGUAAGAUGGAUGUUACUACUGAAAGAAUUCCACACACAGGCGAAGCAGAAAACAAGAAUAUGAAGAGUGAAGUGGGAGAUACUGGUUGGCCAUCUGUGGGGGGAGAUUUGAAUGCGGGACAUAUUGUUAGUGGUUCUGGAUACCACCACUUGAAAGAAGAAGAGGAAAAGAAAUCUUCAACCUGUAAAGUGAACUAUGACCCUUCUGCUGGCAUUGACUCAGACUGUAGUGAUGUACCUGGCUAUCUCCCAAGCAUGCUACAGAAGCCAGAAAAUGUACCCAGUAUACCUGAAGAGACUGUGGCAGUUGAGUUCCCUGAAGAUGGUAACUUUACAAUGGACGUGCAGCAAUCAUCUUAUGAGACUGUUGUCUACCUCAUUACUGCUGCUACAGUAUUACUGUUUUCAUUAGGACAUUAUUACAUUGAGAGAAGAAGAAGAGAUGGCUCAUUGGUUGCUAAAAUCAAUGGUUUGGAGAAGGAAUUACUGGUAUCAUCUAAAGAAUGUCUGAUACUGAAGGAUGAUUUAGAAGCCACAAGGGAAAAACUCCUCUCUAUUGAAAGUUCCUCUUUAAAUAACAGUGAAAUGGUUGUGACACUAAAUGCUGAACUGGAAAAAUCUAAGGUUGUCAGAGCAGAGCUUGAGGAGCAGGUAGCAUCUCUUGAGAAGGAACUGGAGGUGGCUACAGAGGCUGGUCUUGAGCUGAACCGCAUGCUCUCAGAAUUCCUCUCAGCUCAGCAUGGUUCUGACACAGUCAUGAAGAGUGUGGAGCAACUGCAGAAGCAACUAGAUUCACAGCAAAGCACUAUCACCACAAUGACUGCUUCCCUGAAUGAUAAAAUCCUAGAGAAUGAAACUCUGCAGGCUGAUUUAAAUGGUGCAAAGCAUAAAAUUAUCUCUUUAGAAGCAGAUAUGCUGAAGGCGAAUGAAAAUCUGAAUGAUGUGCUCGCUGCUAAACUGAAGAUGGAAGAAGAGUUGUUGGAAAAGAAUAAAUCACUACAAGCACAGCUAUGUGAGGAAGAAGACAGAAUAAGCAGGGAUAUUGAUCAACUUCAGAAAGAAAAGAGCACAUUGCAGGAAACAGUAACUGAACUUAAACACAAUAUACUCACAAAAGAAAGUGAGAUAGCAGUGUUACAAGACUGUGUGAAACAGCUGAAGAAUGCUAGUGAUGAAGAGAUCGAUGAUAAACUCCAGGUAUUAUUGGAUGUGGGAAGCUACAAAUCAGAAUUGAAACUUAUGACUAUUGAACGAGAUACAUUAGCUGAGAAACUUCAAGGUGAAGUAGAUGCAAGAAAAUUGCUUGAAGACCAUGUGAUGGUUAUUAGUGAAGAGGUUACUAGAUUGAGAGGAAAUUAUGAAGAAGCUGAGAGGGAAAAAAUCGAGGCUCAAACAAGACUUGAAGUUUUGUCUAACUAUUUCAAAGAGAAAGAAACUCAACUUCAGAAAGAGCUUGGACUUCAGGAAGCCAUGUGCCUGCAGAAAGAAGGAGAUGCAACAUCCACAUCUGAGCGAAUUACUUACCUUCAAGGAGAAAUUGAAAAUUACAAGUCACAGAAUGAAACAUUGAAGAAAGAAAUUUUGGAUCAGGAGAGAGGUCUCAGAUGUCAGAUUGCAACUUUAGAGAAGAAGGCACAUGAAAAUUGGGUGGCAGCACGUCAAGCAGAAAGAAAGUUGGAGGAGAGUAAACAGGAAGCAAGUCAGUUGAGGAACAGGCUGAUUAUUGUUGAAAAGAAUGUGAUAAAUACUUCUAAGUCUGGUGAAACUCCAGUGACGAAUGACCGAGUGCCAGGGGACAGUAAUGGGGAGCUCCCAACCUCGCCUGUCCAUAUGGGCAUCUCUGCUUUUCAGGAUUCUCCGUCCUUCCCACUACACUACCAACAUCAUGAUGGUCUGCCUACAUCUCCCUCCCUACCUGUAUUGAUGCCAGGACAACCACUUCCUCCGAGCCGCUUCAUGGGAGUGCCACCACCUGGAGUAUUCAUCCCUCCACCACCUCUAGGAGCACCAUUCAUGCCCCCACCACCGCCUCUAUUUCCAGGCGAUAGGAGACCACCACCUUUAGGUCGCAUGUCUUCACCACCACCUCAUCAUUACUCCCCACCUCCACCAGGUCCUCGAGGUUCAUUUUCUCCAUUUGACCAUUCACCGCCACCAUCACCACCUCCAAGACGACCCUAUAGGUCCCCACCUCUUCAUGAUGAUGAUGAUGAUGAUGAUGAUGAUUCACCAGCGAAAUUUAGGCAUCACAGAUCCCCUCCACCACCCCAUUUCAGCCCAUACUCUUUCCCUGCAUCACAACCAACCCCUCACAGAGAAGAUUCCCAUGCAUUCAGACCUCUGCCACCACCAACCCAUAGGGAUAGUCCACGUGAACCAAAAGGAUCAGCAUUGAGUUCUGGGCAUUCGUCAGAGUCAUUGGAGAAAUCAAGCCGACACAGCGGGAGAGUAUAGCAAUAGUGUCCUGUUAGUUCCAUGUAGUAACACAGCAUCAGUUAGUGCAAGCUUUGGUAUACCACAGAAUGCAGACAUUGAUAUUUAACAAAAGCAUGAUGGAGAACAGCAUGUAUUUUAAGCAGUCACAGGCAGCCUAAGUUUUCCAUGGUGUACCAGAAUCCACAAUAUAACAGACCUUAUCUGCAUUAACUUAUUACUGACUGAUUAUUAAACUAGUGCAAGACUUAAUUCAUCUCACUCUGUGCAAUAUAAGAUGUGAUGACAACUUUGAACAUGGUGGCCAGUAACAGUAUCGUGAAAGAACUUAGUGUGGAGGCACAAAGAAAAAUUCUUUUUCAGAUUUAGUAUGAACAUUUCUUAUUGUAGCUUUCAGGGUGGUGACAUAUAGGCACUUGAAGUGUAUAUAUUUUAUAGUAUUUCUCCUUUAAGACACUGAAUGUAUAGUAUACUGGUAUAAUCCAUGGGCUAAAUGCAGAAUAGCAGAAGAUCCAGUCUGUCUCAAGAAAGAAACUGUAAUCCCAUGAAAGAUUUAUUGUUUAAUGUUUCAUGUUGUUUUUCCUAUUGUAUGAUAUGCUGUUGAUAAUAUAAACCAAGAAAAAUA